AUGCCAAUGGAAUUUCUAAAAGAGAAGCAUAUCGAAUAUAUUAAAUCCUUAGAUGCUAAGCAAGGAGAUCUGGAGUACUGGUUGUCUGAGCAUCUGCGUCUGAACGGCGUCUAUUGGGGGCUUACGGCAUUGUGCAUUUUAGAUGCUAAAGACACUUUUAAGAAAGAAGACAUUGUUAAUUUUGUCUUGUCAUGUUGGGUGAAAAGUACUGGUGGGUUUAGUCCCUUUCCAAGACAUGAUGCUCAUCUUUUGACUACAUUGUCAGGCAUUCAAAUACUAUCUAUUUAUAAUUCUUUGGAUGCGUUAACUGAAGAGCAAAUUGAAAAAUGCGUUGAAUUCAUUAAGAAGAACCAGCUAGAAGAUGGAUCAUUCCAAGGAGACAGAUUUGGUGAGGUUGACACACGAUUUAUUUAUACAGCAUUAAGUUCGUUAUCUAUUUUAGGAAGAUUGACACCAGAAAUAGUAGAUCCCGCAGUUGAUUACAUCCUUAAGUGUUAUAAUUUUGAUGGUGGAUUUGGGCUAUCACCUGGAUCAGAAUCCCACGCUGCUCAAGCCUUUACCUGUCUUGGUGCAUUGGCUGUGGUUGGUAAAGUGAAUAAAUUAUCAAAGAGUCAAAUUGAUAAAAUUGGCUGGUGGCUUUGCGAAAGGCAACUUCCUGAAGGUGGACUUAAUGGCCGACCAAGCAAGUUACCAGAUGUAUGUUAUAGUUGGUGGGUUUUGUCAUCCCUAGCAAUUAUUAACAAGUUAAACUGGAUUGACUAUAAGAAGUUAAGACAUUUUAUAUUAUCGAGCCAAGAUACUAAGAGAGGUGGGAUAAGUGAUAGACCAGAUAAUGAAGUGGAUGUGUUCCAUACAUUGUUUGGAAUCACAGGAUUGAGUUUAAUGGGCUUCGAAAAUUUGAAUCCUAUUGAUCCUGUUUAUUGUAUGCCAUGUGAGGUCACGUCAAAAUUCAAAAAAUAUCCAUAUUGA